UUGUUCCUUCCUCAAGAUCUCUCUCUCUCUCAAAGACAUUCUCAAAUUUUCCUUUUUUUUUUUUUUGAUUCUCUGAUUCGUUUUUUUCUCCGAUCUUUCCUUCUUUCUUUUUUUUAUAUAUCCGAUUUCUUCGGGAGGAGGCGAAGAGACGACGGGCACAAUAUUUCUCCAAUGGCGCGCCGUCUUUUCGCCUGUUUCGGCCUCAAGAAAUCUUCAACUAAACCUAUCUCCGGAGGUAACAGCUCCGCCGUCGUCGCGGCUGAUGUUCCCGCCGGAGACGGACCUGUUCUCGUCCAGCUAUUCUCGUCUCAGGGAUGCAAGACCUCCCCUGCCGCUGAGAUGCUUAUGUCCCGGCUAGGUCGGGGCGAUUUCGACGCUCAGAUCCACGGAGGAGGAGGAGAUGGUGGAUCUCCGGCGAUGGUUUUGGUCUUUCACGUGGAUUAUUGGGAUUUCAAGGGGUGGAAAGAUCCGUAUGGAUCAAGCCAAUGGACGGUUAGGCAGAAGGCCUAUGUAGAGGCGUUGAAUCUUGACACCAUGUUUACUCCGCAGCUUGUUGUCCAAGGAAGAUCGCAGUUGACCGCAAUCGAGGAAGAGACGCUGCUAACUUCUAUCUCCGAAGCUCCUAGGUUUCCUUCUCCAGCUUUCAAGGCGUCUUUCCAGAGACCAACCUCAGAGACACUACAAGUAUCACUCACCGGAGCACUGAGAAUGAAAGUGGACGGAAACGGAAUGGACAUAAUGGUGGCGAUAUACGAAACCGGGCUUGUGACCGACUGCGCAAGAGGAGAGAACGAAGGAAGAAUGUUGUCGAAUGACUACGUUGUAAGAAAGAUGGAGAAGAUGUGCACUGUGAAAGACGUAACACCGAAGAAACAAGUGUCGGGGACUGCUCAUUUCACGCUAUGGGAUGGAUUCAACAGCAGCAAAUGUGGAGUCGCCGUCUUUCUUCAGAACUCAUCACUUCAGAUUUUUGGUACACAGAGUUUUAAGUUGCCUGAUGAGAUUUGAGUUUACAAUAAUAUCCUGAAAACAAACAAUCUUUUGUGUCGUCCAUAUAAGUUUUGCUUGUGAAUCAUCCGGUUUCCACUCUGCUUUGUACAGUUAUAUGUGUGACUACUUAUAGGGCUUAGCCUUUCUUCUAAUUCGUUUUUUUCUUCUUCUUA